GAAGAUCGGUACGUGCUCACUAACAAUAAUGUCAGAUUCAGCGGUAAUCGACAAAUCCGUUGACCAGAAUUCGGUGACAUAUUCUACUAGUAAUAAUAAACAGGUUCGUAAUGCAAACAUUCAUUUUGAAAAUGGAAAUGAUCGAGGUAUUAUCACGAGAGAAGAAGCCAGGCAUGUGUCAAAACUGUCGAUAUCCUCUGAUGCCGAAUUGGUGAAUUAUAAUCUAAAUCCAUAUUCUGAUGAGAAACUCGGUUUCUUAAGCUCUCAAAAAACACUUACCUUGGAAGCGCGGAAACCAGGAUGCAAGGUAAAUGUAACAAAAUGCUUCUUUGUAAAAUCUAUGCCUUACGACGUGCCACUUCAAGCUGCAUAUGCUCUUGAGAAAAAUGCUUUCUCCAAGGAAAUUAAAUUUUUCCAAAAAAUCGAGCCACUUAUGCAAGAUAAUUACAAGAGUGAGCGUUGGAGCCCCAAGUGUUACUUAGCAAAAGAGAAUACCAUAGUCUUGGAGGAUAUGAAGGUCCAAGGUUUUAGGAACAACUCUAGAAUUUUAAACGAAGAACAUCUCAUGUCUGCUGUAGCUUGUGUCGCACGCUUUCAUGCAUCUUCAUUAUUGGCUGAACAACAACUCAAUGGUAAAUCCCUAAAUGAAGUUUAUCCCGAGGUGUUUGAAGAAGCGGAGUAUAAAAACACGGGACGCAAGUAUACCUGGUUCACCACUGCCAUAAACUGUGUGGUAUCGGUAGCGAAAGAUAUUGGACUUGAAACAAGUCACAUUUUUGAAGCUAGUAAGCGUGCUUUCGAUAUCGCUAUACCUUCUAAAGUAAAGCGCAACGUUGUCACGCACGGCGAUCUCUGGAGCAAUAAUCUACUAUUCGACCAAGCAAACCACUGUAGAUUGGUUGAUUUCCAGCUUCUUAGAUACGCACCUCCAGGCCAAGACUUGAUGCAAUUACUUUAUUUGUGCACUUUGAGAAAGUUUCGAGAAGAACGUGAAACUGACGUACUAGAAUGCUAUUACAAGAAUUUCAAAGAGACGCUGGAACUCAAUGGUUUCACGGGUGUGACGCCGAGUUUUGAAGAAAUAAAACACGGAGCGGACGAACAAAAAUUUCCAGCAUUGAUAUCUGCUGCUAUUAAUUUUCCGACGAUUAUGAUCGAUGGAAAAAUUGGAGCUGAGAUUAUGAAUAAUUUGAAUUCUUACGAGGAUUAUUUUUUCCGAGAUAGAAAACCAAUUGUCGAACAAAUUAUGGCGAUGGACGGUGAGUAUGAAACAAGAAUAAAGGACCUUUUUCGGGAAUUGGUUGAGAUGUCCUUUAAAGUAGAUGAUUUCCCCAGAGUUUCGUAGAAUGAAUCAUUUACAUGUAGAUAAUAUUUUCAGUUCAUAGCUGUAUUAAAAAAAUUCAAUACAAAAAUCAUAAUCUUCGAAUUUCGUGAUAAAAAGCAAUUAUAAAGCAUUUAUGCAGGUAUAAUGUUGGUUUGUAAUAUCUUUGUAACUUAUGAAUAAUUAAUAAUUAAUAAUAAAUUUUCAUAUAAUAUGAAAAAAUCUAUUGUAAAACUAUCGAGGAUCACUAAAUUGUAUGGAAGCAUAUUUGUACCUGUGUCACUGUGCACAGUAUAAUUAACAAGUGUUUGUACUAAUAUUAUCAACUCCUUAUACCGACGCGGUACAUUUGUACUUAGCGCUAUUCAAUGAAUUAUCAUAUAAAAUGUACGAGUAUGAUCACUGAUAUCUUGAUUAUUUUUUUAGAUCGAAGAAUAAAUAUUACCG